GACAGACGUUGAGUCUCUUGGUUAAGUUUGAGACUUGAAACCAAAGUUAAUAUCUUCGUUGAAACUUAAGUAGCGUUUCGUAUGGAAAUGCUUGAAAUUGACAUUAUAAAAAGUUAAAAAUAUAUAUUAAUAUAAAAUGGAAAAUCCACUUCAACCCCCUGUGAAAGUUAACAAUCCUGCUCCAACUGUUGAACAGAUUAAUGCUGAUAUAAUAACACAGUAUGCAAAUAAAUACUGGGCACCACAUACCGCUGAUGCCCAUCUGCCAUUUGAUCCUCAAAUCAUUGACAACAUAUAUAUCGAUGAAAUAUGUGUGUCAAAAUUUUCCAUUCGACGAAUUAUGAUGCUGGAGUUCAGUCAAUAUUUGGAAAAUUAUUUAUGGCCAAAUUAUGUGGCCGAUAAAGCACCAAGGUCUCACACAAUAUCCAUAGUCGUAAUGGUCAAUGAAAAAUUUCGCGAACGUGUACAAGUGUGGGAAGCCUUCAAUAAAUACCCAACACAAUUUGCCGGAUUCUUUCAAAAUGUUCUUGAAGCUUGCCUUGAAGAGAGCACACUUGACUAUGACUUGAAAGAACAGACUGCACUUGUGGUGUUUUUGAAUCACUGUUUCAACUCUAUGGAAGUUUCAUUAGUGAGAGAAGAAAUUAAAAGACUAAUCUCUCUCACCAUGUGGAUAUCGUUGCAAAAAGGCCGGAGAACCCUUGAGUUUAAAAAGCUCCCAAAAUGGAAAAAAUAUUGGGACAAAAUUUUAAAAAAAGAUAAUCCAGAAAUGAAGGACAAAUUGGAGUGGGAACGAAAAUUUUUACACAGGUUAAUGGUCAAGUUUAUGAAGAUUUUAGAAGAAAUUCCUUUGGAAGGUAAUGUUUUACCAGACCGAGUUAGAUAUUGCGAGAGAUUUCUGGAAUUGAUGAUCGAUUUGGAAGCCCUGUUAUUGACUAGACGAUUUUUCAACACUGUUAUGGAUGAUUGUCAUUUGGUAGUACGAUGUCAGUUGUCCAAUUUAUUAAAACGGCAAGAAGGAGGAUUGUUUGGCCAGCUGUUGGAAAUGCUCAAGUUCUAUGCCAGGUUUGAAAUUAAUGAGGAAUCCGGAGAACCAUUGACAGAUCAUGACAUGACUCAGUUACAUUACACAAAAAUCACAUCUCUUCAGAAAGUCGUUUUUGCCAAGUUCUCUGAUCUUCGCAGUUUUGCGCUGGCCAACGUUGCGAGUGUGGACACAAGAGAUUCUUUAUACAAACACUUUGGUUUCUUAAGUCAAGAAAAAUUGAAGUUAAUCGCGAGUUACUUACAUUUAGUUCCGCCGGAGGAACGAGAGAACGAUGAAAAUUGGUAUCGUCUAGAUCUGGAUUUCCUGAGAGAACUAUUGAUAUCAAGACAUGAACGCAGAGCGUCGCAGUUGGAAGAAUUAAACGAAAUGCCCUUGUAUCCGACUGAAGACAUCAUUUGGAACGAAAGUAUCGUUCCAACGGAAUACUUUUCCGGUGAAGGAUGCCUCGCACUGCCUAAGCUUAAUCUACAAUUUCUUACAUUGCACGAUUAUCUUCUAAGAAAUUUUAAUUUGUUUCGUCUUGAAUCCACUUAUGAAAUCAGACAGGAUAUUGAGGAUGCUGUUAGUCGAUUAAGUCCAUGGCUUGCUGAAGACGGCGGUGUUUACUUUGGCGGAUGGGCAAGAAUGGCUCAACCAAUAACCGAAUUUGCUGUCGUUGAGGUGGCCAAGCCAAAUAUUGGCGAGAAAAGACCUUCGAGAGUGCGAGCAGAUAUCACGAUUAAUUUAAGUGUGAGAAAAGAAAUAAAGUCAGAAUGGGAGAACCUUAGGAAGCACGACGUCUGUUUCCUGAUAACUGUCAAGCCAAAAAAUCCUAUUGGCACAAAGUACAGUCAUAAACUGCCCUUUGUGCCACAAGUCGGGUUGUCGACAGUACGAGGUUGCGAGGUUGAGGGUAUGCUGGAUUCAAACGGCCGAGUGAUAGAGGAUGGUCCAGAGCCAAGGCCAAUUUUACCUGGUGAUACGCGAAUUUACAGAGUCUGGCUGGACUCGAAUCAGUAUCGAGUCGAUAUGGACAAUGCCAGUCACGGAAGGGAAGAUGUGUAUGAGGGUUUCAAUAUCAUAAUGCGACGGAAACCCAAGGAAAAUAAUUUUAAAGCAGUUCUAGAGACUAUUCGAGAGCUGAUGAAUACGGAAUGUGUAGUGCCAGACUGGCUUCAUAAUAUUAUUCUUGGAUACAGUGAUCCCGGUGCAGCGCAUUACUCAAGAAUGCCAAAUGAAAUCGCAACUAUGGAUUUUAAUGACACAUUUCUGGAUAUUGAUCACUUGCGUUCAAGUUUCCCUGGAUAUGAAAUAAAAGUCACGACCGAUGACCCAAAGAAGCUUAUACGCCCAUUUCGCUUAACUUUUGAGGAUGUAUUGGAUAAACAAAACGAGAGAGCUGAAAGAAAAGUAAUAAACGUGGAACCUCACAUUCCACCCAGUCGAGGACCUUACAAGGCUAACGAACCGAAAAAAAACCAAAUUCCGUUUACUCCAACUCAAGUUGAAGCGAUUCGAGCUGGAAUGCAACCAGGAUUAACGCUUGUUGUUGGUCCGCCAGGUACCGGAAAAACAGAUGUGGCUGUACAGAUUAUCUCUAAUCUCUAUCACAAUUUUCCGAAUCAGAGAACUUUAAUCGUGACACACUCUAAUCAGGCUUUAAAUCAGCUUUUUGAGAAAAUCAUGGCUCUCGAUAUUGAUGAGAGGCAUCUUUUGCGUCUCGGUCAUGGUGAAGAAGCGCUCGAGACGGAGAAAGAUUUUAGUAGAUACGGACGAGUAAAUUACGUUUUAGCUAAACGAAUGAAUCUCUUGGAAGAAGUUCAGAGACUUAAAGAAUCCCUGAAUGUAAAAGCUGAUGUAGCUUAUACAUGCGAAACAGCGGGUCAUUUCUUUAUGUACCAAGUACUGACUCGUUGGGAACGUUUCGAAGCCAGAAUCAAACAAAGGGGAGGUGGUACGAGUACUUCAGCGGCUUCCUUUGUCAAUCAAGAAUUUCCAUUCCAUAAAUUUUUUGAUAAUGCACCACAACCAUUAUUCAAGUGUCAGUCGUUUGGUGAGGAUUACGAGAUUGCACAAAGUUGCUUCAGAUAUAUCGAGCGAAUAUUUACUCAGCUCGAGGAAUUCCGAGCGUUCGAACUCCUGCGAUCCGGUCUUGAUAGAUCCAAGUAUUUGCUUGUCAAGGAAGCUAAAGUAAUUGCGAUGACCUGUACACACGCGGCCCUCAAAAGACGAGAACUUGUUGACAUGGGAUUCACAUACGAUAAUAUUCUCAUGGAAGAGUCAGCUCAGAUUUUAGAAAUUGAGACCUUUAUUCCGCUGCUUUUGCAAAAUCCACAGGAUGGUUAUAAUCGGCUAAAACGUUGGAUCAUGAUAGGAGAUCAUCAUCAGUUGCCGCCCGUCAUUAAGAAUAUGGCUUUUCAGAAAUACUCAAAUAUGGAGCAAUCGCUUUUUGCGAGAUUUGUCAGAUUGGGAGUGCCAACAGUUGAUCUGGACGGUCAAGGUCGUGCCAGACCGAGCAUUUGUAAUCUCUACAAUUGGCGAUACAAGAAGCUUGGAAAUUUAACACACGUGGAGCAAAGUGCCGAAUAUCUGGUGGCAAAUGCCGGUUUCCUUUACGAUUUCCAAUUGAUCAACGUGGAGGAUUUUAAUGGCGUCGGAGAAAGCGAACCGAGUGCUUAUUUUUACCAAAAUCUUGCUGAAGCCGAGUAUUGCGUUGCAGUUUUUAUGUACAUGCGUCUAUUGGGAUAUCCUGCUGACAAAAUCAGUAUUUUGACGACCUACAAUGGCCAAAAACAUCUGAUUCGUGACGUGAUAAAUAUUAGAUGUGCCAACAAUCCCUUGAUCGGUCGACCAAAUAAAGUGACCACUGUCGAUAAGUACCAGGGACAACAGAACGACUAUAUACUUUUAUCUCUGGUGAAAACGCGUGCCGUGGGUCAUUUACGAGACGCGCGGCGUCUUGUUGUAGCAAUGUCUCGAGCACGAUUGGGACUCUACGUCUUUGCAAGGGUCUCUCUCUUCAAGAAUUGCUUCGAACUCACUCCAGCCUUCAAUCAGCUUAUGCUUCGACCAUUAAAAUUGUCACUAUUGCCUCACGAAAUCUAUCCCUCCAGGAGACCGAACCAAGAUCCACCAGCAGCUCCUCCAAUGGAAAUUGACGACAUGCCGCAUAUGGCGAAGUUUGUGUAUAGUUAUUACAUGGAAAAAGUCAGUGCUAUGAAGGGUGUACACAAGGAUAUCCUUGAAGGAGUGGAGAAAGAGUUUCUUGAAGAAGCAACAAAGAGGUAUCAUGAAGAGGGAGCCAAACUAGAGCGAGAGUCAUCAGACGAUGAAGAUGAAAAUUCAGGAAUUCAAGAUGCCCCGAGUAAAACUGAAACUACUCAAAACAUAUGUGAACCUAUAAAGAACUUGUUGGGCGAACCAUUGGACGAAAGUUGAAUGAAUGACUUCAAUAGGCCCAUAUUCCUAUAUCUUAUGUAGUAACUUAUAAGAUGAAUGUAAGAUACUUUUCAUGUUCUCAUUUUUGUAUAGAUCACUCAUAUUGCAGCCUCAAAAUAAUUAUGUAAUGACUGAAUUCUGGCUAACGGAAUUCUCCAUUCAAUAAUAAUGAUCAAGUUUUCGUUACGCGAUUAUAGAAAAAUGGUAAGGUAAUAAAAUUUUGUGUACAAA